CGCACGACCUCGUCCGGCCAUGUUUCGCCGCCAGCGCGACCCACAGAGGCGCGACUCGGCCCUCGAGCUCCAGUUCGACCCCGACUCCGGUCGCAACCUGUCCGACUCGACCCACCCCGACUACGACCCGGGCACCGACCCCGAGCUCCGCCUCCGCGUCACCCGCACCGCCGCCGAGUCGAUCCACGAGCUGUACCAGGAGGAGGACCGACGGCGGUUCCGGCGACUCGCGUCGCGGCGCACCAAGAAGGACCCGUCCUCGUCGUCGACCCUCAAGCCGCGCCGGACCCUGUUCGGGCGGCGCAAGCCUCGCGCGUCGGCCGAGCCGGCCGACAGCCAGGACGGGCACGGCACGAGCGACGGGCACGGCCACGGUGCCGAGACGGCGGGCAUGGACGAGGUGCAGCGCGCCGAGCUCGAGCGACAGAUGACGCGGCUCGCGGCGGCGCGAGAGGCCGAGGAGUCGGCGCGCCGGCAGGACAAGCAGGACGAGGGCGAGCAGGAGAAGAAGAAGGUGGACCGCAAACGGCGCGGCAUGAAGGAGAAGGAGCGCAGGAACGUCUACGUGAACGUCGAGGGCGUCAUGACGGACCCGAGGGGCUACGAGCGCAACAAGGUCCGCACGAGCAAGUACACGCUCCUGUCGUUCGUCCCCAAGAACCUGACCGAGCAGUUUCGCCGGAUCGCCAACAUCUACUUCCUCGCCCUCGUCGUCCUUCAAGUGUUCCCCAUCUUUGGCGCCGCCUCGCCCGAGAUCGGCAUGCUCCCGCUCGUCGCGAUCCUGUGCAUCACGGGCAUCAAGGACGGCAUCGAGGACACGCGGCGGCACAAGCUCGACAACGAGGUCAACAACUCGGCCGUGACGCGCCUCGGCGACUGGCACAACGUCAACAUCCCCGACGACGACCGCCCGUGGUGGGCCUUCUGGCGCCGCCCGAACCCGAACCACCGCGUGUCCAAGGGCGUGCGCAAGCUGCGCGAGAAGGAGGGCUCGUACGACGCCGGGUUCCUGUACGCCGAUCAGCCGCUCGCCGCCGAGUCGCGCGACACGCUCGCCGACGGCGGCGGCGGGCCCGAGUCGAUCGCGAUUGCCGGCCCGCGCGCCCGCGCUCGCGGCGACAGCUCGGCGUCGACGCUCCCGACGACGACGACGGCGAGCACGAUGCACAAGUCGUACUCGACCUACUCGGUCGAGAGCUCGGCGACGACGUCGUACCCGCCUCGGCUCCUGCGCACGGCGAGCGCGCACGCGGCCGACUCGAUCCUCGCGCCGUCGACGACGUCGGCGUCACAGUCGCAGCCGCGCAAGUCGUCGAGCGACGUCGUGUCGUACGAGCACGCGACGCCGGGCACGGCAAAGUGGGAGCGCACGCUGUGGAAAAAGCUCGAGGUGGGCGACGUCGUCCUCCUCAAGGAGAACGACCAGAUCCCGGCCGACGUCGUCGUCCUCGCCACGUCUGACCCGGACGGCGUGUGCUUCGUCGAGACCAAGAACCUCGACGGCGAGACCAACCUCAAGCCGCGCAAGUCGCUCAAGGCGACCAUGGGCAUCGGCAACGAGGAGGACGUCGAGCACGCGCGGUUCUGGAUCGACUCGGAGCCGCCGCACGCCAACCUGUACUCGUACAACGGCGUCCUGCGGUGGCGGUCCAAGCCCGACAAGCUCGGCAUGGAGCACCCGAUCAUCGAGGGCGGCGAGCGCAGCGACGGCGAGGAGCAGCAGGAGCCGGUCACGAUCAACGAGCUCCUCUUGCGAGGCUGCGCCCUGCGCAACACCAAGUGGGUCAUCGGCCUCGUCGUCUUUACGGGCGCCGACACCAAGAUCAUGCUCAACCAGGGCGAGACGCCCUCGAAGCGGUCCAAGAUCGAGAAGGAGACCAACUUCAACGUGCUCGUCAACUUUGCGGUCCUCAUCGGGCUAUGCGUCGGGUGCGCCAUCGGCGCGGGCGUGUACGACGGCAUGUCGGGUCGCUCGGCCCAGUUCUACGAGGUCGGCGCCGCCUACUCGAGCUCGGCGGUCGUCGUCGGCUUCAUCACGUUCGGCGCGACGCUCAUCCUGUUCCAGAACAUUGUCCCGAUUUCGCUCGUCAUCACGGUCGAGCUCGUCAAGACGAUCCAGGCCUUUUUCAUCUACCAGGACAUCGACAUGUACUACGACGAGCUCGACCACCCGUGCGUGCCCAAGACGUGGAACAUCUCGGACGACCUGGGUCAGAUCGAGUACAUCUUUUCGGACAAGACGGGCACCCUGACGCAGAACGUCAUGGAGUUCCAGAAGUGCGCCGUCGGCGGCGUGUCGUACGGCGAGGGCAUCACCGAGGCCAUGCUCGGCGCCGCCAAGCGCGAGGGGCGCGACACGUCGGCGUUCGACCCGGCGCAGAACGUGACGCGCCUCACGGCGCGCAAGCAGCAGACGAUCGACGUCCUCAACGGCGCGUUCACGAACCGGUACCUGCGCGAGGACCGCCUCACGCUCAUCUCGCCGCCCAUGGCCGAGCAGCUCGCCGCGCGCGGCACCGAGCAGCACGACCGCCUCGCCGAGUUCUGGCGCUCGCUUGCCAUCUGCCACACGGUCAUGACCGAGCGGCCCGACGAGACCAACCCGGACGUGCUCGAGUACAAGGCCGAGUCGCCCGACGAGGCGGCCCUCGUCGCCGCCGCGCGCGACGCCGGGUUCGCCUUCUUGCACCGCAACAACCACGAGAUCACGCUCGACGUCAUGGGCCAGCCCGAGCGCUACGUGCCGCUGCGCACGCUCGCGUUCAACUCGGCCCGCAAGCGCAUGAGCACGCUCGUGCGCACGCCCGACAACCGCGUCCUCCUCAUCUGCAAGGGCGCCGACAGCGUCAUCCUGCAGCGCCUGCGCGACGACCACGACCAGGGCGUCAUCGAGCGCACGUCCAAGCAGCUCGAGGACUUUGCCAACGCCGGCCUGCGCACGCUCCUCAUCUCGAGCCGGUACCUCACCGACGACGAGUUUGUCGGGUGGAGCAAGCGGUACGACCAGGCGUGCGCCGCCAUCGACGACCGCGAGGACGAGAUCGAGCGGGCGUGCGAGCUCAUCGAGCACGACCUGACGAUCCUCGGCGCGACCGCCCUCGAGGACAAGCUGCAGGCCGGCGUCCCCGAGGCCAUCGCCCAGCUCCACCAGGCCGGCAUCAAGCUGUGGAUCCUGACGGGCGACAAGCUCCAGACGGCCAUCGAGAUCGGCUUCAGCUGCAACCUGCUCACGAACGAGAUGGACAUUCUCAUCCUGUCGGCCGAGUCGGAGGAAGGCGCCCGCGCCCAGAUCGAGACGGCGCUCGACAAGGUCAACCGCGCUCGGGCCGGCCUCGCGCCGCUCGACACGGACGGCGGCGAGAAGAUCCCGGGCGCGACCAAGACGGGCGGGUUCGCCGUCGUCAUCGACGGCGAGACGCUGCGGUACGCGCUCGACCACGCGCUCAAGCCCAUGUUCCUCGACCUCACGACGCAGUGCAACGCCGUCGUGUGCUGCCGCGUGUCGCCGAGCCAGAAGGCGCUCACGGUCAAGCUCGUCAAGGAGGGCAAGAACGCCAUGACGCUCGCCAUCGGCGACGGCGCCAACGACGUCGCCAUGAUCCAGGAGGCCCACAUCGGCGUCGGCAUCGCCGGCCUCGAGGGCGCCCAGGCGUCCAUGUCGGCCGACUAUGCCGUCGGGCAGUUCCGGUUCCUCACCAAGCUCCUCCUCGUUCACGGCCGAUGGUGCUACAUCCGGGUCGCCGACAUGCACGCCAACUUUUUCUACAAGAACAUCGUGUGGACCCUCACCCUGUUCCUGUACCAGAUCUUCUGCAACUUCGACUCGACCUAUCUCUACGAGUACACCCUCAUCAUGUUGUUCAACCUCGUGUUUACGUCGCUCCCCGUCGCCAUCCUCGGCAUCGCCGACCAGGACCUGAACGCCCAGACGUCGCUCAAGUUCCCGCAGCUCUACCGGCGCGGCAUCCUCGGCAAGGAGUGGACGCGCGCCAAGUUCUUUGCGUACAUGCUCGACGGCCUGUACCAGUCGGCCGUCGCCUUCUUUGUGCCGUUCCUCGUCUACAUGUGGUCGCCGUCGCUGUCGGUCACCGGCCACGACUGGUCCAUCUGGGAGCUCGGCACGACCGUCGCCGCGUGCGCCGUCACGGCCGCCAACCUGUACGUCGGGCUCAACACGCGGUACUGGACCUGGAUCGUGUUUGUCGUCAUCAUCGCGUCGACCCUGUCGUUCCACGUGUGGAUCGCCAUCUACUCGCAGUUCGACACCUACUUCUUCAACAACGAGUUGUCCUACCUGUACGGCACGCUCAACUUCUGGACGUCGAUCGUCCUCGUCCAGGUGAUCGCGAUCGGCCCGCGGUACCUGUGGAAGUACGUCCGGUCGGCGUACUACCCGCUCGACUCGGACAUCGUGCGCGAGAUGCAGAUCCUGCGGCAGCAGGGCAAGGCGUCGGCGCUCGAUCUCGAGGCGGGCGACGCCGACGGCGGCACGAUCGUACCCUUUUCGACGAGCCAGAGCGCCGCCGUCGAGACGCGCGAGCACCUCCCGCUCGUCGCCGACCCGUACGACCCGGCCCGGCAGCGCCAGUUCUCGCACGACGAGCCGUUCGACGACCCUUUAACGCCUCGAGGCGACCCCUCGUUGGCGUCGUGGCCGCCCGCCUCGCCGGGCGCACCUCCGCACAGCCCCGGCGGCGGCGGCCCGAUACCCUCGCCGUACGGCCCGACGUCGAGCUAUGCCUCGUCGCCGUCGUACGCGACCGCGCGAUCGACCCCGCUCGGCGCGCGCUCGGCGGCGGCGACGCCCGUGCCGCAUAUCCUCGUCAACGACGCGACCCCGCGCGAGUCGGUCGCGUCGUCGCGGUACGGCUCGACGACGACGGCCGGGCAGCACGGCGCCAACGACUCGCUCGAGUUUGACGUGCUCGACUACGCCAACCACCGCGACUCGCAGUGGGGCGGCAGCAGCGGCGGCGCGGCAGCAGCACCGCCACCAGCAGCACCAGCACCAGCAUCGUCCGGCGUCGUCCCGCCGCCGGCUCCAGCAGGCUUCACCGAGCAGGACCUGUACGCGCGGUCGCCUCUCGAGGCGGCGCGCCACCGGCAGUGGCGGUCCGAGGCGUCGAGCCCGGGCGCCGACAGCUUCCACAGCGCGGCCCAGUCGCACACCACGUCACCGCGGUCGACGCCUUUGCCCCAGUCGCCGCCCGAGCCGCCGUACGACCAGCACCAGUACCAGUACCACCACCAGGCGCAGCAGCCGUCGUACUCGUCCGGGACGGGCUACGCCAUGUGAAGCUCGCCGUCGUCGAUACCCCUCACCUCUAGACUCGGUUCCGCUCUCUGUAGUCGUUCGGUCGUUCGGUCGGUGGGCAUGUCACACUCUUAUUUGCACUCCC